UCUGCCCAUAGCUCUGCUCCCCCAAACCCCUAGUAGACUCCAACCAUAUCAACCAUGAAGGGACACUACACUAUGUGGGCACUGUUCUUGGUUCUUUGUGGACUGCUGCUGUUACACACAGAGGCUGGACGACAGAUGCCAAAACUCUCAGACAAGAAGCUGUGUGCUGAUGCAGAAUGCAGCCAUCCCAUCCUUAUUGCCAAAGCCAUCCAGGAUUAUUAUCCCCAGGACUGUCGCUUCAUUCCCAUCCACCAAGGCCAACUCGUCUACGUCUAUGCCAUGCUGAAAGACCGGGGCAACCUCUUUUGGUCUGGCAGUGUCCAGGGAUCGUACUAUGGUGAGCAGGAGGCUCGGCUUGGCCAUUUCCCCAGCAGCGUGGUUGAAGAGACCCAUGCUUUAAUGCCUGCUGAGGUUGAGGUCAAAACAAAUAAAUGGGACUUCUACUGCCCCUGAGAUGCUGCCAUCUUCCAAGGAGAGAACAUUAUUUUCUUGCACUUUAGGUUCUUCUAGCAUGCCACACAUUGUUUUUCUAACCCAUUGGCUUAUGAACCAGCUUCAUUAAAAACACAUACUCUAGAACAAUUAAGAAAAACAUGCUUUAAUUUAGCUUAAUUAAAGUAUCUACACACUUGUUUAAUAUCAAAUAAACGCCAGCUGCUACCAACGA